AUGCAUUCCUCCUCCUCUGACGACGAUGAAACAAAAAGCCACUAUGAGCACCAUGAAUACACCACACACAACAUUGUAUCAUUUGCCGCUGUGACAGAGACAAUACAUAAACCAUCCUCGACUUCAGAUGUUCAAAGUCGCAGCUAUGAUCCCUUUGAUCUCGAUGUUUAUGAUGAUUCGGCGUCCAUGCGCUCGGUUAGCACCUAUGCAUCCACCCAACAAAAUCUUAAACGAUCCAUGAAAUCACGGCAUCUUGCGAUGAUCUCAUUGGGUGGUGUCAUUGGCCAGGGCGUCUUUGUGUCCUCGGGUGCUAAUCUCAGAGAGGCUGGCCCAGCUGGCGUGCUGAUAGCAUAUAGUCUCAUCGGCUUUAUCGUGUUUUGGGUCGCUUAUUCUUUGGGCGAAAUGUCAGCGUAUAUUCCGGUAUCUGGUUCUUUUACCAUCUUUUGUCGUCGUUUUGUAGACGAAUCUUUUGGAACGGUGGUGGGUUACAAUUAUUGGGCCAUGUGGUCGGUCAUUGUGGCAAGCGAACUUGUAUCUAUACCCAUUGUCAUCUCUUACUGGUCCGAGGGCAAGAUAGAAGGAUGGAUACUCUCAUUGGCAUCACUUGUAAUCAUAUUCAUUGUCAAUAUGCUUGGUGCAAGAAGCUAUGGUGAAACCGAGUAUUGGUUCAGCUUGAUCAAGAUCCUCACAAUUUUGAUCUUCAUUGUUGUUGGAUGCCUUGUCUCAGGGGGAGUGAUUGGUGACGAGACCUAUGGCUUCAAAAACUGGAGGGACCCAGGUGCUUUCACACCUCAAGGAAUCGAUGGCAUCAUCAAUUCAUUAGCCUUUACUGCCUUUAGCAUGCAAGGCAUGGAAAUUGUUGGCAUUACGGCUGGUGAGGCUGGCAAUCCACGAAAGGAUGUACCACGAGCCAUUCGCAAUGUGUUCUGGCGCAUUGUCAUCUUCUAUAUUGGAACACUAUUCGUCAUGGGCAUGAUUAUCCGAUACGAUGAUGCCCGCUUACUUCCUACCGAUGAUUUGAAUACCGGCAACUUUACUAUUUCACAAUCACCCUUCACAAUUGUAUUUACAGAGGGUAAAUUGGGCGACGUGGCAGAUGUCAUGAAUAGCAUUAUCCUAAUCACGGUUCUUUCAUGUGCCAACAGUGGUUUGUACGUUGCAAGCCGUAUGUUACUUGCGUUAUCACGAGAAGGCAUUGCAUGGAAUAAGCUGGUGUACAUUUCGAAGCGUGGUGUGCCUGUGUAUGCAUUAAUUUGCACAGCGUUAGUGAGCUUGGUGGCAUGCACGACAUCUCAAAUUGCGGAUGGCAGUGUAUUCUUCGUAUUGACACGUAUGCCGGGGAUGGGUGUUAUGAUCACGUGGUCAGGGAUCACCAUUGCGCAUUUUCGAUUCAGGCGUGCUCUCAAAGCCCAACAACGUAGCCUUGACUGCUUACCGAUGCGAGCGCCUUUACAUCCUUUUGGGGACUUUUUCGAUUUAUUAGCUUGUGUGGUGAUUGCCGUGAUUGCAGGGUACAUUUAUUUCCCUUCACAAAACGCUAUUGGCAUUGUAGGCACCUAUCUACCACUGUUUGCAUGCAUUGUUGGAUUCAUCGUGCUAAAGUUCUGGACGGGCUCAAAGUUGAUCCCCUUGGAUGAGAUUGAUCUUGAUACUGGAAGAUCGGAUUAUGGUAUGCCACCACCACCCCCACCGUCGAGCGAAGAAGAAAAAGCCAACAAGGGUCCUUUGUAUUACCGAGUAUGGAAACGCUUGGUUCACUGGUUUACUUGA